AUGUGUGCAUGCAUAGACUUCUCGCCGCCGGGGGCCCCCCAAGGUCUCCCCAGGGGAGACUCUGAGGGGCCCCCUGAAGUUCCUUCCGAGGGGCCCUCUGAGGAACCAACUGCAGGGCCCUCUGGGGGCCCCCCCAAAUUCCCUUCUGAAGGGCCUUCAGAGGAACCCUCAGAGGGGCCCCCAGAGGGGCCCCCAGGGACCCCCUCCGAGAAGCCCCCCGAGGGCCCCCCGUCGUAUUGUGGAGGUGGUUCUGUGAAGCGUGAGGUGUAUGGGCACCUCCAAGGGUCCCCUGCGUUGACUCAGAUACGCCUGGGGGGCCCCCAGGACCCUCUUCCCCGUCAUGUGCUGCAGCAUCGGCUGCCACAAGUUAACAUGGGCCCCCUGGGACCCCCCCCUGAGGGUACAGAAGACACAAACACAUCAGGGGGGAGCCCUAAUCCCCACAUGCAACCAAUAAACUCCACGCGCCUCCUGAGGGGCCCUCCUCCUCCUAGUAGGCCUCCCCAAGGCCCUUCUUACCUUGAUGGAGGGCCCCCUGGGGGGGCCCCUGGGGGCCCCGUUGUGACCUCCUCUGGGGGGCAACCUUGGACUAUGCUUGUUGCCACCUCUGAGGGUCAUGGGGGCCCUGAGUCUUCUUGCUGCUGCAGGGUAUUGAUGAGGGAGGAGCAGCUGCUGCAGCUGCCGGUGCAUCAGGUGCUGCAGCUGCUGCCGCCAGCAGCAGCAACAACAGUAAGGGAGGCCCUCAAGCUGCUGCUGCUGCCGGGAGAGUUGCAGCAAGCACCAGCAGAGUUGCCUCCAGAGCGGCGAUGUUGCUGUUGCUGCUGUAGAAGCAGCAGCAACAACAGCAGCUGCAGCAGCAGAGGACCUCUGCAGUUUCCCUGUAAGUGGGAAUUUGAAGCUGCUGCUGGGGGGCCCCAGGGCCCCCAUCAGUCUUUUAGGGUACAGCAGCAGCAGCAGCAAAUACCUCAUGGACCCGAUUGCUGUAUAAAAGGUGCUACAUUUAGAGGGGGGGCCCCUUGCGGUGUUCCCCUUAGGGACAAACUUAAAGAGGGGCCCCCUCAAAACCCACUCCUGCUGCAGCAAGUUCCAGAGCAGCAACAACAACAGCAGCAACAGCAGCAGCAGCAACAGCAGCAGCAACCAGCCUGGCGUCCGGUUAAGCGGCAGCAGCAACAACAACUGCAGCAGCAACCGCAGCAGUAUCCAGUCAAGCACCCUGGUACGCACCAACAGCAGCAACAGCAGCAACAGCAGCAGCAAUCAGUCAUAUACCCUGGUACACAGCAGCAGGAGCAACAGGAACAGCUGCAGCAGCAACAGCCUCAACAGUAUCAGCGAACGCAACAACAAGGGCAGCAACAGCAGCAGCAGCUGCUGCAGGAGCAGCUGCCAUGUUGUUUCAAUGAACAUCUCUUGCAUGCGCGAUCAUCAGGGGCCCCCUUAGGGGCCCCAGCUCUUUCAACGGGGCCCCCAUUGCUGGGUGAGGCCCCCAUACCACAAUGGGGCUGCCCAACUUAUAAUACGGAGCAGCAGCAGCAGCAGCAGGAACAACUGCAGCAACAGCAGCAGCAACAGCAGCAGCAGAUGGAAUGUGCAGAAUUUCAAUCUCCAGCGUCAGUAGCAGCAGCAGCACCUGCUGCUACAACUGGUGCUGCAUCACCGUAUCCGGAGAGCAACAGUUCCUUCUAUAAGGAGCAGCAGCAGCAACAGCAGCAGCACCAGUGUGUUCACGGUGCUGCUGCGGCUGCAUGCGCUUGUGGCUGGAUGCAAGCAUCUCCCUUGGGGGGCCCUUCUUGUUGGGGGCCCCCGGCACGCUGCUCUAGAGCCGGUACCCAAUGCCAACAACACUCAGAGAGAGGCCCCCCCUUGGGGGAGGCCCUGGAAUCCCCUGAGGGGGGGGCCCAGGGGGGCCCCCUUCACGGGCUUCAGUCGCUGCAGCGAGGGAGGCAGCAGCAACCCCGAGGGGAGGCCCCGGAGGAUGCUGCAGGCAGCCGUGCAUGCGACAGCAGCACGAACGCCCGCAGCAGCAGCACUAACAGCAAUAAGAGCAACAACAGCAACAAUAACAGUAACAAUAACCACAGCGACAGCUACCACAGCACCAGCAACCAGAGUGACAACCACAGCAGCAACAACAGCAGCAGCUGUGGCAGCAGCAGCAGCAGCAACAGGCGUCACACAUUGCCGUUGCCGCCCCAAGAGCAGCAGAUUGUCCCAACAAUUGCGAAGCAGCUGCAGCAGCGCGGCAUCCUCAAGGAGGCCCCUUGGAUCUCCUCUUCCUUCCCUGCUGCUGCUAGCAGCAGCAGCCUAUACAGCAGCAGCAGCAGCAGCAGGCUGAGCAUGUCAGGAGAUUUCGGUACAGACUCUCAGGAAUUUUGCAGCGUAGAUGAUGAGGGCCCACCAGAUGGGGGGCACUGGGGCAUCCCGGAGGGGGGCCACCAUCGGGAUUUUAGUACCUUCGAUGGGGGCCCCCAAGAGGUGGGCCCCCGAGGUAAGAGGGGCCCCACACAGUUCUUACGACGAAGACCAGAGAGAGUUGUGUUGCAGAGAACAAUAAAAGCAGAAGUUUGCUGCUUCUCUCAUGUUAAGAGUGUUGUAAGGAAUGAAUGCUGGAGAUACACCAGGAAGCAGCAGCAACAGGAAGAGAAGCAGCAGCAGCAGCAGCAGCAAAGAGAGAGGCAACAGGUGCAGAAACAGCAGCAGCAACAACAACAACAGCACCGAGUUUUGGGGAGAAAUGGAGAAACGGUAAUUCAGCAGCAGCAACAACAGAAGCAACAGCAGCAUCAGCAGCAACAGCAGCAGCUGCUGCAGAAACAAAAGGAACGACUGCAACAGAAGCAACUUCUGCAGCAACAGCAGCUGCAGCAGAAUCUGCCAACAAGGCACAGUCUUCCAAGCCGUGGAGUGCCGCAGCAGGAGAGACGUGUCUCCUUUCAGCAGCGCCCAACAGCAAGGAGAAGGUCGUCUGUUGCUGCUGUUCCUGCUGCUGCUCAUGCUGCAUCCGCUCCGGUUGCUGCUGCAUCUGCUCCUGCUGCUACUGCUGCGUCAGCAGCAAAGUCUCCCCAAGGCGCAAAAAGGGAAUCGCGCGGGUACAGCCCUCCAGAGCAGCGGCAACUUCAGCAGCAGCAGCAACAGCUGCAGCAGCAACAACAGACCCAAGCAGUGCUUGAUAGACUGGAGGAGGUGGUUUCCCCUUGUAGUUAUGUACCCUAUUUGCCUCGAAGCAGCCGACUAGGGGGCCCCCCUCGGGCCCCCUCUGAGGGCUCCCCGUCUGGAAAGCCUCCAGUUGGGGUGCGAUCUAGGGGGCCCCCCUUGGGGAGCCUCCCUAGCGAAGAUUCUUCGAGGAGGCCCCUCGAGGGCCCCAGUGGCGGGGCCCCAGCGGAAGGGACUUUGGGAGUGGCCCGUCCCCAGGGGCCCCCCGCUGCUGUCGAGUGUGGGGGCCCCAGUACCUCCAAGGAUGGCGUGAAUUUGGGGUGUAUACUGAGCUCCUCUUUAUCGGUAUUAAAGGCAGCAAAUAAAAUAAAAGAGUACCAAAGACAAAGACAAAAACAAAAGCGCAUGCAGCAAGCAACAGCCCCACACUCACAUGCGGAUUGGACGGAGGACGAUGGCGAGGAGAGUGGAGGGGAGUAG